CACCCGUGCCUUCGGUUUCGAUUCCCGUCGAGCGCGGCCCAGAAGCGGUGCCGAGUCCCCGCCCCGCUCCUGCUCCGGUUCCCGCUCCCGCCCCGCUCCUGCCGCAGUCCGCUCGCGGUCCCGUCCCGGUCGGAGCAGCGGGAUGUGCGACCCGGCCGUGUCCAGCUUCCUCACCCAGACGCUGUGCGCCCAUGGCGGGCGGCUGCCGCUGCGGGAGCUGCAGGAGAACAUCGGGCUGUCGGCGCCGCAGCUGCAGGACACGCUGUCGGCGGCGGGCCCCCGGCGGUUCCUGGUGGUGGGGGGCGGCCAGGUGGUCCUGGCCGUGACCGACGUGCGGGUCUGUGUCCGCAAGGAGUGCGACGGCUGCGAGCGGCUGCACCUCUGCAAGCUGCACCUCAUGGGCAGGUGCCACCUGGGGCCCAGCUCUUGUAAGUACUCGCAUGACAUCAUGAAUGCAGAGAACAAGAAAGUUCUAAAAAAACACGAUUUGUCUGGGCUCAGUGAGAAUGAGCUGCAAGUCCUGCUUCUCCAAAAUGACCCAUUCUUCCUCCCUGAUGCCUGCCAGUUAUACAACAAAAAGGGUAGUCACUGUAUGCAGCAAAACAACUGCAACAAGCUCCAUGUUUGUCAACACUUUCUCAAGGGGAAAUGUAAAUUUCCUCGAUGCAUAAUGUCCCAUAACCUCUUGGAUAACCAUGCCUUGAGAGUGUUGGAAACCGGAGGCAUUGAUGGAAAGACAGCUUCAAACUUCCAGGAUAUAUGUGAUUACAAACAUAUAGAAUUCAACAGGGAACAGAAGAAGGUGUAUGUACACAACUACAGAAAUGAUUAUUGGAAAAAGCCAGCAUUUACAAGGAUAAAAGAACUGAAGACAACUUUGGAAACAGUGCAAUGCAUGCUGGAUGUGCCACCUUCAGGAGAUGCCAGCAGCACCGUGCCUGCCCACAGCCAAGACCAGUUGCCAAAGGGAGCGGAAGAUAAAGUUCAAGGUCCCAGUAGCACCGUGCAAGACCAGUUGCCAAAGGGAGCAGGAGAUAAAGAUAAAGGUAAAAAGGACAGUUCCUCUGAUGAAGCUUCGAAGGACAACAAAGAAGAUAACUGUGAUGAGAUCUGUUUGUUCUAUGUCUGGAGGUACUGCAAAAACAAGGAUAAAUGCAAAUCUGUUCAUUACCAUUUGCCAUAUAAAUGGGAGAUAUAUGACGGGUUGAACUGGAAUGCACUUUCCAUGAUGGAGGAAAUUGAAAAGGCCUAUUGUGACCCAAAGAACAGCAGCUUCCCAAGUAAGAACAUUAAUUUCCAGACAAUGACCUGCUCUUCUUCUUUGGUUCGACGUCUCUCUACACCAUCAUCAGUCACAAAACCCACAUUCCUCCUGACCACACAGUGGAUUUGGUACUGGAAGAAUAACCAAAACGAGUGGAUUGAAUAUGGAGAAGAGGAAGAAGGGAACAGCACAACCUCACCAUCUUCUGCUGUUAUUGAGAAUUUGUAUCAAGCAGAUCCAUGUGCCAUUGUACCUUUCCAAGCUGGCCAACAUCAGUAUGAACUCAAUUUUAAAGAAAUGAUUCAGACAAACAUCAGUUUUAAAACUCGAAGACAAGUUUGCAGGCGACCAAAAUUUGUGUCUUCUGAAGAUGUGCAGAAGAUAAAGACAGGCAGCCAAAGGGAUUCUUCUAUUCCAAAUCAGACCUGUCCUAGUCACUGGGAUGCAUCUGCACUGCCUGACUUUGGAUACAAGGCGGUGGUGAUCAGCAGCACAACCUCUGAAUACAAUGAAAUAAAGCAGCUGUUUCAUCAGACUAUGAAAAAUUACAGCAUCCUUAAAAUACAGAGGAUUCAGAAUCCAUCCCUCUGGAAGGUGUUUCAGUGGCAAAAAGAGAAGAUGAAAAGGGAGAAUGGAGGAAAGGAAGUUCAGGAAAAACGCCUGUUCCAUGGAACUGAUGUCACCUCCAUGGAAACGAUCUGCAGUCAGAACUUUGACUGGAGAAUUUGUGGAAGCAAUGGAACUAACUAUGGGAAGGGAAGUUACUUUUCUAGAGAUGCUCGCUAUUCCCAUGCCUACUGUCAGGCUAGGCUGCAGGAUCACUUCAUGUUCGUGGCUCGUGUUCUGGUUGGAGACUACGUUAAAGGCAACCCUGCCUAUGUCCGGCCCCCAGUGAAGUGUGCUGACAAGCUGUGGUUAUAUGACAGCUGUGUGGAUGAUGAGUUAAAUCCUUCUGUUUUUGUUGUCUUUGAAAAACACCAGAUUUAUCCAGAGUACAUAAUAGAGUAUAAAGAGGAGAGAAUAAGAGAGCAGAUAGUGGCGGGAAUAAGAGAGCAGAAAGAGACAGGAAUAAGAGUGUCUAGAGAGGAGGGGAAAAAAUGUGUUAUAUCUUAGAGGAACGUGGCAGUUUGUGUCCCUCAUCUUGUUUUUUGGAUUGCAGGUGUUCUACUACUUGGUGACUUCUUUCUUUUUAAUGCAGUUCUUCAGAAUGUUUAUACAAUUUUUGCAUUGAGUAGGGCUGGCAAAGUGGAUGUUGCAUUUGUUGUGAGUGCCUUAUCUUCUUCUCUUCCUCUCUUAAAUGAAGAACAGACAUUUUGAUAACUAUAGCAGAAAAAUGAGAAUUGUGGGAUGGGAAAUUGAAUGUUAUGACUCUGGGCAGAUAAUUGCAAAUGCAUUGUCUAAAAAAAUAGAGAGGACUUUUCUUUGCAAACAGUUAGAAGAAAAAUUAACAGUACAUUAGUUUUAAAGGAAGCUUUCAGGUUUUUAGUAGCCAGAGAUUCUUUUCAGUGCAGAAUUAAUCUGUUCUUGAUCCUCUCAUCUAUCAUUAUUAUAAACAACUCACUGUAGGUAAUAAUGACUUGACUUUGCUUUCAAAGCACUGCUUUUUAAUGCUGGUACAUGUUUUGAGUUAAAAUGAUAAACAAAAAAAGAAAAAGCAUAUUUUAAAUCCAUGUUGUUAGUUCUCGAGAAUUUUCAUCUGUACAAUGGCAGAUGGAUCAGAAAGCUGUUGGAUCAGAUUCUUUGUGGAAACGAGCAGCAACUUGCUGUAACCUAUACAAAAGCAGAGCUCAACUGAAACUGUGAAAGCCACCACAUGUGAGUAAGCAGAUACCAAAAUUUGAUGGUUUGGCUGCAACUAAUGGCCGUAAGGACACAAAGGCUGUGUCCCAAUGAGCCAGGCUUUCCAGUGGGUAUGGCCACGUAGCACAAUAGGACAGGAGAAAAUUCUUAAGGAUCACAGAGAUGUUCUGUCCUGCUUGUGCAAUUAUUUUCGUUUUUCCAGAGUAGAAUGGGACCAGAAGAGACGAGUUAGGUUCUCUUGAGGCCAGUGGUAGAACUGCUGUCCUGAGGCACCAUCCGCGUGUUCUACUGCCCACUUGUGUGGGGCAGGGUGCUGACAAGUGGGGAUCCUCUUUUUGUUUUGGGGGUGAUCCUGGGCAAGAAACCUCUGCAAUUUCUACUGGAUGUUAGCAUGGAGUCUUUAAGUGGAUCAAACUGAAAGCCCUCUGUACAAAUUGCCAUAUUCAGGCAGUUUAGCUGUUCAGAGGGAAACUGGGAGUGAAGACAGAGGAGCAGUAAUUUUUACCUUCAGAUAAGCUUUACAGAAACACCAAUAGCCUCUAAGGUUUUUGCAUCUAUGAUAGAAAUCUGUCAACUCCUCAAAGAUAUCAAGUUCUUCCCAAGAGGAACAGAAAAAAUAAAUCCAGAAAAUCUUACUAAAAUGACCUAGAACUAAAUAAAAACAUGCGGAAAAAAUUUUAACAUUUUUAAGAUCUCUCUUUCUCUUGUUUGCCUGUAGAAUUCCUGAAUUACUGAAAUAAAACCUGCUUUCAGGCACUUUCAGUGUGCAGUUUGUCUUUACAUAAACAUGGCAAGACUAAAUAUGCUGAGUGAACCAGCCCCUGCCUGCAUUGCCUGUCUUCCUUUGGUGUUUCUACACCAGGGAACUGCACACGUGGACUGCCAUUGUAGGGUAGGUGUUCAGCUAAUUACUAAGGGGAGAAUAUUUCUGUAAAUUAACUUCCUAACUAGGAGAUGUUUAGUAUUAAAGUGGUGGGGUAGUUUGGUUAGAUUUCACGUAAUUAAACAGCUGCUCUGAGCAGUUAAUGAAGUCCUAAGAAAAGGUGAAAGAAUUAAGUGAGGUGGUGGCAGAAUUGUUGGUUUUAAAUCUCAAAGUAGUGAGAUACUGAGAGGUUCUAAGGAAGUACCUCUUUAAUAUGCAGAUGAGCAACUUUUAAAGAAUCUGAGUCAGGCACCUGUAGAAACCCCCACGCCUGGCAGGCACAAGGCAGGCCUGUUUGGGGAGAGUGCCAGUGAGAUGCUGACAGCUUAGGAUCAGUUCAGAUCACCACACACAGAGUGAGGACACAGCAGUACAGGAACUGCAGAGCUGUUCCAGGGUCCAACCCACCCUGCAGCAGGGAUGCAGCUCCCUGGUGCACAAGGCUCUGGCUUUUCCAUCACAGGGCUGGAUUGGGGGUGGGAGCUGCAGUCUGGAUAACUGAGCUGAAGGGGAGGAAAGCUGGAAAAGGCAUAAUCUGAAUGCAGGAAGAUGAGAAAGAAACAACUGUUCUUCCAUCUCGUGGCACCUCAGCCUCUUCCUAAGUGGCACCAAGGAAAACCCCUGGGAGGCUGUGCCACGCUUGGGCUGGGACCUGUGUGAGCACAGAUACUGCUGCUGG